UCUGCCUGCCGGCCGGGCGGGGCAGGUGGAGGUGGCGGCGGCAUGGCCGAGCCGGGCGGCGGGGACCGCGAGCGCAUCCUCUGCCUCUUUGAUGUGGACGGGACGCUCACGCCGGCUCGCCAGAAAGUUGAGCCUGAGGUGGAUAAGUUCCUGCAGGAGCUGCGUGGCAGAGUCAAGAUUGGCGUAGUGGGCGGCUCUGACUACUCCAAGAUAGCCGAACAGUUGGGGGAAGGGGACGAAGUCAUCAAGAAAUUUGAUUACGUCUUUGCAGAGAAUGGCACUGUGCAGUACAAGAAUGGGCAGCUGGUCUCCAAGCAGGCUAUCCAGGACCACCUGGGGGAGGAGCUGCUGCAGGAACUAAUCAACUUCUGUCUCAAUUACAUGGCACUUCUAAAGCUGCCUAAGAAACGAGGGACCUUCAUUGAGUUCCGCAAUGGGAUGCUGAACAUCUCACCCAUUGGCCGGAGUUGCACCCCAGAGGAGCGAAUUGAAUUCUCUGAGCUAGACAAGAAAGAGCGGAUCCGAGAGAAGUUUGUGGCAGCCUUGAAGACAGAGUUUGCGGGCAAAGGCCUGCGGUUCUCUCGAGGUGGCAUGAUCAGCUUUGAUGUCUUCCCAGAGGGCUGGGACAAGCGCUACUGCCUUGACAUCCUCGAUGAUGAGAGUUUUGACACCAUCCACUUCUUUGGGAAUGAGACAACCCCUCAGAAAAAUAGCACAGCAAUGCUUCUGGUGCAGAGAACUCAGAAAGGCCACAACAGGGAGGGAAUGAUUAUGAAAUAUAUGAUGACCCACGGACAGUGGGGCAUAGCGUCCGGUCUCCCCAGGACACAGUCCAGAGAUGCCGUGAGAUCUUCUUUCCAGAAAGAGCCAAUGAAUGUUGACUCCUGUACCCCUUUGGAUCUUCCCCAGUACCUGUCACCAACCUCCGAGAUCCCACAUUGUGAAAAGCACCUUCAUUUGAGGACUCUGCUUGGGGUCCACUGAAAACUGCUUUCCAGAGCUGGUCAUGAGGGAAGGUUUUAAAGUGUUGGGUGCAAGUGGGUGUGUGCAGGGGAAGGGGGAGGUAUGUUAAUCCUUCGCUACCUCCAAUGAUGGCUGGGGACUUGUGGGACCAGUUCUGCUUCCACCAUCAAAAAGACUCUUCCAGGUAAGCACUCCAUUCUUGGUGGGUGAUGGUUUCCUGCCUUGUUGGUCUGUAGCCUGAUGGGGACCAAUCACUACAGGCACUCUUUUUUUUCUCUCUCUCUCAACAUAGCUGCACAUGGGAAUACACUUCAUAGGUUCAUCCAUAGACACUGAGUAUGUGGGGUAGGGUGACCACGUGGCCAUAGUUGGGCAGGACAGUUCUGAAAUGGAAACAUCAAGUCCUGGUCCUGGGCUACAUGACUACAGGACAGCAUUUGUCCUGGAUUCCCAAUAUCGUGCAGGGA